GAGGACACCAAACCCCUACAGUGCUCGGCAGCACCUGCAUGAUUUAGGGGUGCUGCAGAACCCACAGCCCCUGUAUGUCUGGGCUCCAUUGUUCAGAGGAGGAUGAUCUGUGAUCAGCAGCCCUUCCCUCUGUGACUGUCUCAGCACAGGAUCCUGGAGAAAGCAUUGUGUGAAGACACUCAGUUCCAACAUGCCUGUGAGAAGAGGUCAUGUGGCACCACAGAAUACAUUUCUUGGAACCAUCAUCAGGAAAUUCGAAGGGCAAAACAAGAAAUUCAUCAUUGCCAAUGCCAGAGUUCAGAAUUGCGCUAUUAUUUACUGCAAUGAUGGCUUCUGUGAAAUGACGGGAUUUUCAAGGCCGGAUGUCAUGCAGAAGCCAUGCACGUGCGACUUCCUACAUGGUCCGGAAACAAAGAGACAUGACAUUGCUCAGAUCGCGCAAGCGCUUCUGGGCUCGGAGGAAAGAAAAGUUGAGCUCACUUAUUAUCAUAAAGACGGAUCCACCUUCCUUUGCAGGACUCAUGUAAUACCGGUGAAAAACCAAGAAGGCGUAGCCAUGAUGUUUAUAAUGAACUUUGAAUAUGUAAACAAAGAAGAAAGUCCUGGUUCUCUGGAGAAACUAAGCCAAAUCCUUCCUGUCAAGGAGGAAAAUCGAAAAUUGUUUGGGUUCCGUUUACCAUCCCUGAGACUUUUGAGCUAUAGAAAGCAGUCAUUGCCACAGGAGGACCCUGAUGCCAUUGUGGUUGAUUCAUCAAAGCACAGUGAUGACUCUAUGGCCAUGAAGCACUUUAAGUCACCAACAAAAGAAAGCUGCAGUCCUUCUGAAGCCGAUGACACAAAGGCGCUAAUUGACUCUAAUAAAUGUUCACCUUUAGUUAAUAUAACAGGACCUCUAGACCACUCUUCACCCAAAAGGCAAUGGGACCAACUCUUUCCAGACAUGUUGCAUGCAAGCACACACUUAUCUCAUGCAAGGUCAAAGGAAAGUGUUUGUAGCAUGAGAAGAGCAUCAUCGGUCCACGAUAUCGAAGGAUUUAGCAUCCACCCCAAGAGCGUAUUUAGAGAUCGUCAUGCAAGUGAAGUUUCUCAUUCCUGGAUGUCAGGGGGCCCUUUUAAUCAUAUCAAAUCCAGCCUGCUCGGCUCAACAUCUGAUUCAAACCUGAACAAAUACAGCACCAUCAACAAAAUCCCCCAACUUACCUUAAACUUUACAGACAUAAAAAAUGAAAAAAAGGCCUCAUCCCCACCAUCUUCCGAGAAAACCAUUAUAGCACCCAAAGUUAAGGAAAGAACCCACAACGUUACAGAAAAAGUUACACAGGUUCUGUCCCUGGGAGCUGAUGUCUUACCAGAAUACAAACUCCAGGCACCUCGUAUCAACAAGUUUACUAUAUUGCACUAUAGCCCUUUUAAAGCAGUAUGGGACUGGUUAAUUUUGUUACUUGUUAUUUAUACGGCCAUCUUCACCCCUUACUCAGCUGCCUUUUUACUCAAUGACAGAGAAGAAGAGAAAAGACGCGAAUGUGGAUAUUCCUGCAACCCCCUGAAUGUUGUUGACUUAAUUGUAGAUAUUAUGUUUCUUAUCGAUAUUCUCAUAAACUUCCGAACCACUUACGUAAAUCAGAAUGAAGAAGUCGUCAGCGAUCCUGCGAGGAUCGCAAUUCACUACUUUAAAGGCUGGUUCCUGAUUGACAUGGUCGCAGCAAUACCCUUUGAUCUUCUUAUUUUUGGAUCUGGCUCAGACGAGACUACCACGCUUAUUGGACUCCUAAAGACCGCAAGGUUACUACGGCUUGUAAGAGUCGCAAGGAAGUUGGACCGAUAUUCAGAAUAUGGUGCUGCUGUUCUUAUGCUGCUAAUGUGCAUCUUCGCACUAAUCGCUCACUGGCUCGCUUGCAUUUGGUACGCGAUUGGCAAUGUAGAACGGCCUUACUUAAUUCAUAAGAUUAGCUGGUUGGAUGCCUUGGGAGAUCAGAUAAAGAAACCUUACAAUUACAGUGACCCCAGUUCUGGACCUUCCAUCAAGGACAAAUAUGUCACGGCACUUUACUUCACCUUCAGCAGCCUCACAAGCGUUGGUUUUGGAAAUGUAUCCCCCAACACCAACUCCGAAAAAAUCUUCUCCAUUUGUGUCAUGUUGAUUGGCUCAUUAAUGUAUGCAAGUAUUUUUGGAAAUGUAUCUGCAAUAAUCCAAAGAUUAUAUUCAGGAACUGCACGGUACCACAUGCAAAUGCUUAGAGUGAAAGAAUUCAUAAGAUUCCAUCAAAUUCCUAAUCCUUUACGUCAGAGGUUAGAAGAGUAUUUUCAACACGCGUGGACUUACACCAACGGAAUUGACAUGAAUAUGGUCUUAAAGGGUUUUCCAGAAUGCCUACAAGCUGAUAUCUGUCUGCACCUCAACCAGACUUUGCUACAGAAUUGCAAAGCCUUUCAAGGGGCAAGUAAAGGAUGCCUGAGAGCCUUAGCUAUGAAGUUUAAAACGACCCAUGCGCCUCCGGGUGAUACCCUUGUUCAUUCGGGAGAUAUUCUCACUGCUCUCUAUUUUCUGUCAAGGGGUUCCAUUGAGAUCCUUAAGGAUGAUAUUGUUGUAGCUAUUUUAGGUAAAAAUGACAUUUUUGGAGAAAUGGUCCAUCUUUAUGCCAAACCUGGGAAAUCUAAUGCUGAUGUCCGGGCCCUUACUUACUGCGAUCUACACAAGAUCCAACGGGAAGAUUUAUUAGAAGUUUUGGAUAUGUAUCCAGAGUUUUCUGAUCAGUUUCUAACAAACCUGGAGCUGACUUUUAACCUGAGAGAUGAAAGUACAAAGGCUGGGCUCAUACGAUCACAUCCAGUGGAUGAUUUUGUCGAAGAGAGCUGUAAACUCCGCAGAAGAAAAUUAUCAUUUAAAGGGAAAUCAGAUGAAGAUUGCAGCGAAGACAACAGUUUGGAUGGCUCGGAAAAUACAGUGGAUAACGCUAGACACGCUACAAAAAAGAAUCCCGAUAAGAAAAAAAGUGGGUCAUCUUCUUUGGUGUCCUCCAUUAAUGAACAAAAACCAUUAUUUGCUGAAGUUGGUGGUUAUUCGUCAAUUUUCACAAAAGCUACAGCACUUCAGUUUGAAGAAGCAGUAUGUCCUGAUAAGAUAAACGCUGGCAAAAGAAGCUUGUCUUACAAAGACAUAGCCACGAUGAGAAGCUGGGAAAGAGUGGAUACGGUGCCCAGCGAUAAUAUAACAAAACACAUAGCAUUAAAUCAUGUCGCGUGGAGAGAAAGUGAAGCUGACAAUGAAUUUACAUACGCAGAAGUGGAGCGCCGGCUCGAUUUAAUACAGGAGCAAAUGAACAGGUUAGAAUCACAAAUGACAACAGAUAUUCAAGCAAUUCUUCAGCUCCUGCAAAAACAGACGUCUGUUGUUCCUCCAGCAUACAGCAUGGUGACAGCCAACGUGGACAAUCAAGAGUCUGAUGUGAGACCAUCGCAUUCUGAAGGGUCCAUCAAAACUGACAGAACUUUCUGUCAAUCACAGAGCCCAAAGUGUGCAGAACUUGAGAAGUCAAGACUGAAAUCCAAAGAACCCACGUCAAGCGGAAUCCAUUUAAACGCAGCUUCCGACAACAGCCUGCCCACAUUGUUAGACCGACGUCAACAAGGUCCGCUUGAAGGUCCUCCUGGACAGUGUUCGUCUAACCUCCAUCCAGUUAGACACACGUCUUUGCCCGACUCUUCCACAAACAGCAUAGGAAAUGUGGGCCUCCACAGGCAUGAGUCUGAUCCUGGUCUUCCUGGGAAAUAAUCCUAAAAGGGUUAAUUUUAUAUUUUCACGUCAAAUAAAAUGUAAGUGCUUUUAAUGGCUGUUUUCCUCUUUGUAAUGAAAAUCCACUUUACUUGACUCAGGGGCAAAAUGGAUAUCUAAUAUGCAAACGUACUGUAUAUUUUGAUACAUUCGAAAACCUAUCAAAGUACAAUUGAAAAGACAUGCUGUAAAAUUAUGUAAAGACUGUAUGCUUAAAACUUAAUACUGCCAGCAUCUCAAGGCACCUUAUAUUUUUUUAUUAUUUUUUUAACCACUUGCAUGUUAUUAAAUGGCUUUGUUUUUUAAGCGCAUGAUGAAUGACAUUAAAUUAUUCCACCAAGGUGUUAAUAUAAAGGCGUGAAUGCUUUCAUAUCUGUCUUGCAUCAACAUUGUUCUGUUUCCAAGCUCAUGCAGACAAUUCUUUGAAGUUUAUUCACAAAAGUUGGAGUCUGCUAACUAACGUUACUAUGUAUUAGGAAGAGCCAUCCUCAUUUAGGUGACCGGGGCCCAUAUAGUGCAGAGUUAGAUUAGCGAGAUAAAUAAAGAAAACAACAUCCCAUGUUACUUUUAGAAUUGAAAUCACGUUUGAUUAGAAACACAAUUCCUAGUGCUACUGAAUUUCCAAACCCAUAAAUAAUUAUUUAAUCUUCACACAUUUUGCCAUAUUUAUAAUUUUACAGGAAAUGCUUAAUUGUUACGUGACACAAAGAA